CGGAUAAUCGUACACCUGUAUUAAGUUAGAAGAAGCUCCCGUCUUCCUCUAGAUCUGAGCUUCAGUUCAACCUCACUGCCAAAAUCUAGGGUUUCAAGGUUAGGAACUCAAGCUAGCUAGGUUUUGAAUCGCCAAUCGCGGUGUUGAUUUUAUUUUUUAUUUUUAAAGUUCUGCUGUGCCGAAUCCCCUACGUUGUUCCAGUGGAAUUGCUAAAUUUCUUUUUGACUCUGAUUUUCGCUGUCCAAGACUUGGAUGCUCGAAAACUGUUAAGCAAUAAUCACAGAGCUUGUGAAAUAAUAUCUUGUUAUGGAAAUCGUGAACAAAAUAUAUUUGGAUAUGUAUGUAUCUGUUACUGCGUAGUCAAACUUCGUUGGGAGUUUCGAGCUGAAUCGUGCGUGGUUGAGGAAUUCCAGGUUGAUACUGGAAGGUUUGGUUCAUGGGAGUUUGGAGCUUAGCUUAUUGAAACUGUUGAGUCUUUGGAGGUUGCAAUUCGUGCACUGCUUUCAGUUGAUCCAAGACAUUAGUAUAUAAGCCCUGCACGUUUCUGAGAAAUUUUAGUUGGGAUUCGGAGAUUACUUGCUUGCUUAAUUUGAUUGAGAAACGGAUCAAGUUAGGUUGACAUAUGUGGGGUUUGGGAUAAGAAAGCGAGUGGGUGAAAGAUGGCGCUUAAGCUUCCUGCUGCAGAAGCAGCUAAGGUGGCUAUUCAGUCGAUUGGCCGUGGAUAUGAUAUUUCCUUGGAUCUUAGACUAAAGUAUUGCAAGGGAGAUUCACAUAUGAUGGAGAUUAAUGAGGAUCAGUGCCGGGAGAUUAUUCUUCCAGGUGGAACCUCAGUUGCUGGUGUUUCAAAAUCAAUCAAAUGCGAUAAAGGAGAGCGGACACGAUUUCGUUCUGACGUUCUGACUUUCCAGCAGAUGUCAGAGCAAUUAAAUCAAGAGCUGUCAUUGACGGGAAAAAUUCCUUCAGGGCUCUUCAAUGCAAUGUUUGAGUUUUCUGGUUGUUGGCAGAAAGACGCAGCAUACACCAAAACUCUUGCUUUUGAUGGUAUGUUUAUAACACUGUAUACGGUUGCACUAGAAAAGUCUCAGAUGGUGCUUAAGGAUCAUGUGAAGAGAGAAGUUCCAUCAUCAUGGGAGCCUGCAGCGUUGGCAAGGUUUAUUAGCAAGUUUGGGACUCACAUCAUUGUGGGUGUAAAGAUGGGCGGGAAGGAUGUAAUUUACAUGAAACAGCAGCAUUCCUCAUCACUUCAACCCGCUGAUGUGCAGAAGAGAUUGAAGGUGAUGGCAGAUAAGAGGUUCUUAGAUGCAAAUGGACAAAAUGAACUGGGUUCCGAGCAAGUAUACCAAUCUGAGAAGUUUGAAACGAAGGAGACACGGACACGGCUCAGGUUUGCAGAUACUGGCACAUCAAGUUCUUAUGCAUAUAAAGAUGAUAUUGUUAGCAUGUGCAAAAGGAGAGGUGGAAGUGAUAGCACAAACUUGAAUCAUCAGGAGUGGCUGCAAACAGUUUUGAAGGAGCCUGAUGUUAUUUCUAUGUCCUUUAUCCCAAUAACAUCCCUACUAAAUGGUGUUUCAGGAAGUGGCUAUUUGAGUCAUGCAAUUAAUCUUUAUUUGCGCUAUAAGCCACCAAUUGAAGAACUCCAUCAGUUUCUGGAGUUUCAGCUUCCUAGGCAGUGGGCACCUGUAUUCAGUGAUCUUCCUCUUGGUCCUCAGCGAAGACAGCAAAACACAACCUCCCUGCAGUUUAGUCUUAUGGGCCCAAAACUUUUUAUAAAUGCCACAGCGGUUGAUGUGGGUAAAAGACCUGUAACUGGUCUGAGAUUGUAUCUUGAAGGUAAAAGAAGCAACCGCUUGGCUAUUCACUUGCAACAUCUCUCCUCUCUUCCAAAUAUAUUCCAACUUGAGGAUGACCCGGGUGGCAAUUUUCGCCAGGAAUCAUAUGAUCGGAGAUAUUAUGAGAAAGUACAAUGGAAAAACUUUUCCCAUGUAUGUACGGCUCCUGUUGAAACUGAAGAUGAGCUUUCCAUAGUCACUGGAGCACAAUUACAGGUUGGGAAUUAUGGAUUUAAGAAGGUUCUUUUCCUCCGUUUACGUUUCUCGACUGUUAAAGGAGCUGUUUCAGUUAAGUAUCCAGAAUGGGAUGGAUCCCCUGGGUUGGCACGUAAAUCUGGACUUAUUUCAACUCUAAUUAGUCAUCACUUCACAGCAGUCCAGAAACCACCUCCGCAACCGGCUGAUGUGAAUAUUAAUUCUGCUGUGUACCCAGGGGGCCCUCCUGUUCCCAUCCAAACUCCCAAACUCUUGAAGUUUGUUGAUACGACAGAGAUGACAAGAGGGCCACAGGAACCACCUGGCUAUUGGGUUGUUUCAGGAGCAAGACUUGUAAUUGAAAAGGGGAAGAUCUCACUUAGGGUCAAGUAUUCGUUACUUACUGCCAUUCAGCCUGACGACGAUGAUGAACUGGAAUAAGAUUUGUAUAAUAACUUAGAAGUCGACCAAAGACAUAUUGAAAUGGACGGUUGUUAUAUCAGAGCGGCUGUAUCCACCUCGAGACCUCACAGAUGACGAGCCACAAACUUCCAUAGAGUAGAAGAUUUCAUGCCGGGGGCUGCGCAUCCAUUUUGAACUUGAGAUGUUACUUGUCCCUGUCUUCCUAAUCCUUGUUGUAUCAAUAUGGUUAUUUUAUGUAGAUUCCACAAUCAGGUUUUCUACAUAAACAUUGUGGGAACGGUUCCCUAGUCGAGUAGAAGGUAGAUUUAUGUGUUGGCAGCUCGCAUUUUUUUAUACUAUUAUGUAAGAUGGUUUGUAUAAGUUUGUUGCAUACAUUAAGAAGUUGCUGAA